AUGGCUCUCUACAACAACGGGGCCGACGUGCCUUCGCCCCAGGAAGCAUCCAACGGCUUCUCACAGCCCGGCGCCUCGGGUACGUGGCACAAAGGCGAGGAGGAGGUGCGUCUGGUGGAGCCCAACCUGGUGAAGAAGGCUCACCGGGAAAUCCUGGACCACGAGCGCAAGCGGCGGGUGGAGCUGAAGUGCAUGGAGCUGCAGGAGAUGAUGGAGGAGCAAGGGUACUCCGAAGAGGAGAUCCGGCAGAAAGUGGGGACUUUUCGGCAAAUGCUGAUGGAGAAGGAAGGCGUGCUCACCAGGGAGGACCAGCAUGGGCGCCAAAUCGUGAUAGAAAACCACCACGGGGCGGAUGGGGAGGAGUACGCGGUGGAGUACCCCGACUACGGCGAGGGCUGCCUGCUGCAGUGCGACUGCUCGGCCGAGUGCUACCGUGAGGACAGCGGCCACCGCGAGUACAGGCUGAAAAGGCGCUCGAGCAGCUCCACCUCUCCUCCGCCCAAGAAGAAAAAGAAAAAGAAAUCGGGUCACCGCCGAAGCCGCAAAAAGAGGAAACCCGGCUCGGAGCGCAGCUGCGACAGCUCUUCACCCAUCCGCAAGGAGAAGAAAAAGAAGACUGGAAAGAAACACAGACGCGACAGGUCUGAGUCGGGGUCGCGGAAGAAGAGAAGACACAGGGAAGGGAGGGAGGUGGCAAGCCCGUCCUCCCCCUCGCCCCGCCGCUCGGCCUCGCCGCACCAGAACGGGCACAAGGGCAGCGCCCAGAACGGCCGCCACAGCCACGGCGUCCCGCUCCCGGAGCCCUCGGAUGUACGUUCGGCGGGCUCCCACCCCUACCACCCACCGCUCGGGCCCGACAGGGACCACGGCGCCCACGCCAAGAAGGUGAAGGAAAGGCACCACCGGGGCCGGCCCAACAGCAGCUCGGAGUCGUCGGCCAAACACUCCCGGCACGCUUCGGAGCGGAGGAAGAGCCCGUCUCCCAGCCCCGGCCAGCGCAGCAGCUCCUGGAGCUCCAGCGGUUCCCUCUCCAAGUCCCGCUCCCGUUCCCGGGAGAAGAGAGCAGGACGCAGCCGCUCCUGCUCACCCUCGCCGAAAAAACCCGCCAGCAGAGAGAAGGACAAUGAGCCCCGAACACGCCACGGUGACCCCGAUCCCACCCGCGCCCGGCGCCGCUCCAGGAGCUACUCCCCCAUCAGGAAGAGGAGACGUGACUCCCCAAGCUUCAUGGAGCCCAGGAGGAUCACGAGGUGGGUGCCGGCAUGCCACGAAGCCUCUGCCACGGCCGCUGGCACGGCCCGGGACUGA